AUGAAACGAAGAGUUUCCUUUAUUCACGAUGCAGAAGGGGAUUUUGACCCCAAGAAAGCUCGUUUGGGUCCUGAUUCAAUAACCAUCCAGUCGUUGCACGGAGCUCGACAGGAGAGAUUAACCUUUGGAAUUCAGGAGCUUCCUGGUGAGAUUCAGCAAGUCGUCAAACAAUGUCAUGAAUUGCGUAUCCGUUGGGCGUCGGAGCGCGCGUACUCAGCCGUUUCUCCUCUGACAAGCCGCGUGUCUCCUGGCAUCCAUGUCUUCCUAUCACCACGCCGGAAUAACUCACCACAGUUAUGUCCUCUACUGCGUAAAGCUUUUGGGGCGGAUGUAACCUGCACAACACCAGAGGUUUCAUUCGUUUCCAAUGGACCAUCGAAAUCCGGAGCAUCCUCGUCAAUGCAAUUCUAUCAACUCCUCCCGUCCCUUGAUCAGCUAGUUGUCUAUCUACAAGCCGCUAUCUGCUCGGAACAAGAUACCGAAUGCGGAGAUUACGCUUCUUUGGUACGAUCGGCAGACACACUUGAUAUAGACUAUAACCAAGCCCUCCACUCGUUUGACGUCACGGUGUAUUGGUCCGAGCCGACGCGGAAAUCGGGAUGGACUGAUAUCGUUCGUAAUCGCAACAUUAGCAAGGACAAAGUUGAUGUUGGCAUUUUGGCAUCACAAGAGCCUCUGGAACUGGAUGAGCUGAAAUUUGGGGGCCUUUUAGCCGUUGUGGGUCGAGACACCGAACUAAAGCCAACACUUUUUUCUUUUCCUUCACGUCAUCACCCAUUACCGAAUUCUGCAACAUAUAGAUCUGAAUUUCUGUCUCCUACUGGCUUGCAUCCGACUCUUCAACUGUCAAUACCUCAGCCAGGGCUUUCGCGACCCCCCGCUCCGUCAGAUAUAACAUGCGGAUUGUAUACCUACAUCACUUUACCUUCAUAUAUAUUUGCCGAUAGAUAUCAGCUCUCCACUACUGACACUCUCUUCUUAAAAUCGCACAAUAUCCAUAAACUCGACCAUAUUGCCGGAGAGACCGACCUUGAGGCCCCUGACUGGUUAACCCAACGUUGGGGUUCACACAUGUUGGUGGAGUUGGCUACCCCUCCGUCUAACGAUAAACAAGGAAAGAACACGGGUACACACGUAUAUGGUGACUGGGAGGCUACUAUUCCGCUUCAUCUUCGCUAUUUACAUCCCUCCAAGUCUGGCUACAGAAAUGUCUCUAUCCCUUGGCCAGUUGUUUUCUGGGCAUGUGUGUCUAAAGAUACGGAAAAAAUGAAAACAAACCCGUUCGACCGAACUCGAUUGGGCUGGGAUGAUCUGUUCGGGCCUCAAACCUAUUUUUACCAUCUUCAUCCCUUGCCUAGGAAACCAAUGAAUCCCUUGGAGCUCCAGGCUUCUGAACUGGUUGAGAACAUUCAAGUUCCCGUAUUGCGAGUUGACAAGAAUUCAAAUCCGGUAGUCCAGCAAGCAAGGGCCAUCGAAUACGGCACCAUUGCGGUUAUUUUACUUGGGUUUCUAUGGAUUUUAUAUAAGCUGGGUAGUGUUUCAAAUGGUUCCUUCAAUAUUUGUGGUGUGUCUAGGGCCACGGCGAAUAAGAAGAAUAAAAGCCACUAA